CUACAGAUGUCCCCCGCCAAUAAGUUAGGGAACGGCAGCCACUCAAAAGUGUACAAAGGACGUUUGAGUGUUCCUAACAUCCCUUUCACAGGUUCGCCUACCGGCGAUGUCACAGUUGCAGUCAAAAUAGCCUUGUCUGAUGACGCAUCACUUGGGAUGUUGGCUGAUGAGGCGAAAGUGUAUCAGUCUCUCCCCAGAUACUUGAAGGAGACCUGGAGUGGAUAUCAUUACAUGGAGGAAGCUGAGUACGAUGGCUCGGGAAUCAACCCGCUGCCAGCUGUUGUCCCUCAGUUCUACGGAUAUUAUGUUCCCGAAGAUCCAAAGGAUCGAGAGGUGUACAGUCCUUUGCUUUUGAUGGAGGAGUGCGGCAAACCGAUUCAAAUCGAUGAGCUGGAAAGCUGUGACAGGGAGUUGAUAUUUUCUUUCGUCGUUCGUCUACAACAUGCGGGAUUCAUCCAGGGAUCCAUCACCCAGAGAAAUAUCCUUGUUCAGCCUGGACCGCUAAGUGCGCGUCCAACUGAGCGUUCCCUUUCUACGCCGUCGUUCCGGAUUAUCGAUUUCGGUCGU